AUGGUGAAGUACUACGAGGUCGCGAAGGGUGUUGCCCCAAAGAGGGAAUUGGUGAACAAGCUUCAGCAGAAGAAGGAGGAGGCUGAAGAGAAUUUGAAGCAAAUCAACAAAGAGCUCAAGGAGCUUGCAGAGAACUUGGAGAUUGUCACUGCAGAGAGGCAGGUGCAAAGUGACAAACUGAAGCAGUUGAAGGAGGAUGCAGAUACCAUGACUCGUCGCCUCAAUGCAGCAUCCCAACUGAUUGAAGGUCUUGCCUCAGAGCGGAAGCGAUGGACAGAAGACUUGCAGAAGAUGGGUGAGGUGAAGAAGAGACUGGUGGGCGAUUGUUUGCUGAAUGCUGCGUUUGUGAGCUACGCCGGACCUUUCAACCACGAGUUCCGCAAAGUCACUUGGCGGUUGGAUGUUUGUCACAGUCCUGCAGAUGCCAAGUUCAACAUUUGCUGCGUUUGCUGCUUGUCCUUGCCAGGAAAUGGUCUAUGUUGA